AUGAAACUCGUUGGUAGCCGAUUGGAGAAGUCGAACUCCGGCUCUCUCUCAGUGAUUGCACAGGACAAAGAGGACCUGUUCGUUCUCUACAACUUGAUACAUCCACAAGAUGAGGUGACGUUGAAGACCAUCAGAAACGUCAAGGCCUCGAACGUGAAGGGGGCCAAGUCCGAGAAGAAGUUGCUAACGCUCAGGCUGCAAGUCCAGGACGUGGAGUUCAUACCGCAGGAUGAAUCCUUCAGAAUCAAAGGCAAGACGAUGGACCCUCUAGACGACGUCCCAAUGGGGUCGUUCCACACUGCAGACGUUGACUACAAGUACCCGUUGACCAUUGCCAAAGACGAAUGGGACCAAGGUGAUUUGGACUUGAUCGCCAAGUCCUGUGAUAUCACCGGCAAAGCUGAAGUUGCGGCAGUUGUGUUGCAAGAGGGCGUUGCGCACAUCUGCUUCAUCACUGAGAAUAUGACCGUGUUGAGGGAUAAGAUUGAGAAGAGCAUCCCUAAGAAGCGUCGUGGUGACUCUUCUGCCCAUGAUAAGGCUCUGGACAAGUUCUAUGGCCACGUUGUCGAUGCGAUGGUUAGACACUUAGACUUGAACAAGUUGAAGGCUGUGAUAUUGGCGUCGCCUGGAUUCUGGGCACAGGGAUUAUACGACAAGUAUCUGGAGGUUGCUGUGAAGAACAACACCAAGGAUUUGCCCACGUUGAAGAGCAAGUUCAUGGUGACACAUAGCUCCACAGGGUUCAUCCAAGGCUUGGACGAGGUUUUGAAGACUGAUUCGGUUCAGAAGCAAUUGGCCGACACCAAGUACGCCAAAGACGUCAAGGCUCUGGACGACUUCUUCAAGAGCCUAAACGCAGACGAUGGCAAAGCAUGGUAUGGGCCUGAUGAGUGCGAGAAGGCGGUCAACAUGGGUGCCGUGUCGAAGCUCUUACUCACGGAUAAGCUGUUCAGAAGCGACGACAUAGCUGAGAGGAAGCACUACGCCGAGCUGGCCGAGAUUGUGAAGAACAACGGUGGUGAUGUGUUUGUCUUUUCCAGUCUACACGACUCAGGUGUGCAAUUGGGUCAGAUCACGGGUGUUGCUGUGCUGCUGAACUACCCAGUGCACGAUCUGGAUGAAGAGGAGGAUGAGUGA